UGUUAUGAUCUCUUACCUGGCCCGGGUAUUAGGGGAGCCAAGCGGAGGGAAAUAGGGCCUGGGGGCUACCUUGCUUCAUCCCACCUCGGCUUGGGCUCUUUGGGCCACUGGGACCUGUGCCAUCGCCUUUCCUCCUCCGGGAUUCCCCGCAUCGCCCGAUUACUCAGCCCUGGGGUUCCCCUUACCUGCUCCAUGAUACCCUCCCCGCACCACGUGACCCCCCAUCCCAUCAUGACCCAGACUCAGGGGUCUCUCCCAGUGCCGCAUAACAACACCCCGAGUCCCCACAGGAAUCUCCGCUGUCCUCUGUUGAACCUGAUGAUUCGGGCGUCUCUCCCCUGGGAUGUUCCGCCCGGGGCGCUCCAUUCCCCUUCGAGGCUCGGCGGCCGCCCUGUGCAACAACCUCAGUGUGCUGCAGCAGCGCAACCUCACACAUUUUGGCGUAGUCCAUGGACUCAGCGCCCAGCUUCUCAGCGCUGCUCCUGAGGGGGUGCCCUUGGUCCAGCGUCAGCUCCACGCUAAGGAGGGCGCUGGCGUGAGCUCCUCACUUAUCACCCAGGUCCACUGGUGUGUCCUCCCUUACCGAGUAUUGCUGGUACUCACUUCACAUCCAGAAAUACAGAUGUACAAGUCUGAUGGCUCCGUCAUGGUCUAUUGGCACGCACUGGACUCUGGAGAUGCGUCUCUAGGUACCUGUGGGACUGCGUGGGGCAGGGGUAGGGAGUGUUUGUGGGGAUGGGGAGAUGCUAUUUCUAAUAGUUUUCCCCUCUCAUACUUAGUACAGGCUGUGUCUGCCCGAGGAAUUGCUGCCAGUGGUCACUUCAUCUGUGUGGGAGCAUGGUCAGGCCGGGUACUGGUGUUUGACAUCCCAGCCAAGGGUCCCCACAUCGUACUGAGUGAAGAGCCGGCUGGACACCAGACACCAGUCACAGACAUUGCCACCGAGCCUGCCCAGGGCCAGUGCUGGUGUGAACUGAAGAGUUGGGGCAGACAGUUUCCGAGAUGCUUUCCUGCUCUGACAUGUGUAGCUUCCUUCUCUGAACUUGGGCGAGUCCUGCCUCUUCAGGCCCACCCCCAGUGCCACCUCAGGAAGCCACCCCCCUAUUCCAGCUCCCACUGGUCUCCCUCAGCUGAGCCUUGAAUUGAUACUGCCCUCAGAGACAAGUCCUGUCUCCCCAGCUGGGUCGUAAGCAUCUUGGGAACAGGGUAUGUAUCUUCCAAUUUGCACCCUGCGCUGCACCUGCUACAGAGCUGGGCCCGUGGGCUGUGUCUGCUGCUUGGGGUUAGGGGCUCUCGGGAGGCCCAGAGUCUAGUCGUGACUCUGAGUGUCUCACUGCAAGACCUCCAGAAGGUCAUGACACUGUGGCCUGUUUCAUCAUCCAUCCAGUGAGUGCCUGAAUUCAAAUUACUGACCCAAAUUCCAGUAUUCAGGUAGGUGAGGCAGAAGGGGGCUGACGCCUUCCUGAGGUAGCUUCAGGGUGGGAGUGGGCCCGGGUCUGGGAAAUCAAAGUGGGCUAUCACCCUUGCAGAGUCCCGUGCCCUUCCAUGCAGCUGUGGCAGGGGACCAUAGCAGCAGGCUAUGGGGACGGGCAGGUGUGUCUGUACGAAGCCAGUACAGGAACUCUGCACGUCCAGAUCAACGCGCACGCCCGGGCCAUCUGUGCCCUGGACCCGGGUCCCGACGUGGGCACUGUUGACCUCUUCUUUAUCUCUUUAACCUUUCUCUUCCACAUCAUUCAC